AUGGUGAAGAAUAUUAUAGAAGCGCUGGUGCAUGCAUCAGAAAAAGCUGCCAAUAUAGCGCGAUUGUGCCGUCAAAAUGAACAUUUAUUUCCGUUGCUCGUCGAAGAGAAAUCAGCCGAAGAAUCGAAUCCCCGUUUCGUCAAAGAUUUUAAAACAUUGGCCGAUGUUUUGAUUCAACAAACCAUUCGUUAUGACAUUGGCAAUUUGUAUCCACUAGUAAAUAUUCAAGGUGAAGAGACAGCUACAUUCACCAACGGACUCGGCGAAUCAAUAGAUUUAGAGAUAACCGAUAACCAAGAAAAUACUAUCGAGUGUUUAGUGAAAAUUUUGGACGGAGACCGAGUCGCUGCCGAGCUUUUAGCUGCCGAAGUACAUCGAACAGUCAUUUGUGAACAUGGUGACAUUGACGCACUGCCCGAUUUGCCAGACAAUUUGGACUUAUCAGGAGUCGGAAUUUGGAUUGAUCCGAUUGACGCGACUCAGGAAUACAUCAAGGCCGAAAUGAUAAGAAAGUAUCCAAAAAUAUGCGCAUCGGGCUUGGAAUGUGUAACCGUUUUGAUCGGUUUAUACGAUAAGGGAAAUGGAAAACCGUUGGCUGGCAUCAUUAAUCAGCCGUUCAAUGAGAAAACGGAUACAGGGUACAACAGCAAAGUCAUUUGGGGUAUAUGCAUGGGAGACGAUCUCAAAGUAACAAAUCUUCCAAAGGAAGGUGGAAAAAACACCAAACUCGCGGUUGUGUCAUCGUCUGAAGAUGAAAAAUAUAUCAAAGCGCUCAGAGAUUUAGGCUAUACGGUUGUAUUUUCAGCCGGUGCUGGCUACAAGAUAUUGAAAGUGAUCAUUGGCGAUGCCGAUUUAUUUUUGCUCAGCAAAAAUACCACAUUCAAAUGGGACACAUGCGGACCACAUGCCAUUCUAAAUGCCAUCGAUGGUGGUCUCUUUAAAAUUGAAGACAUCAUCGAAUCGAAUAAUAUCAUUGAAUUGGAUUAUUCGGAUGAACGUGACAAUUCCAACGAGGGCGGUUUACUUGCGUUGCGUCGCAACGAAAAGCACAUCCUACAGGAUUUGUACAGUAAAAAGUAAGCAAUUCCUUAUCAUCCUGUUACUCUUUCCUACGACGUCCCAUCCUCCCCAAACUCCUCCGUGUCCCCUUUGUCCCUUCAACACACACACACACAUAGGCUCCCAAUAGAUGGCAGUGCAAAAUUGUAUGAACUACAAAAACGAUAAGUAUUAAGACACAAACCAUUUAUUGCUGACAAAUAACCGUAUCAACACACAAUUAAAAAACAAAUAAAAAAACACACAUACGAAUUCCACUUAUCAAAAUUUACGAAACAGGUAAACACACAGAGCAUUGAAUUAUUUUUGUGUAACCAUUUAUGGCAUUUAGAGAAACAAAAAGAAAACACAACCGAGAGGCAAUGAUAUAUAUAUUAGAUUUUGACUAUUUAUUCUUGUGAACAUUUUGAAGAAAUUUGUAGCCAGAUGUUUGCAGCCACACACACACAAACAAACAAACAAACAUAACAGAUAGUUAUUUUCAUAGGAAAACAACUACACCGAAAUAUAAAAAUGAAAAAAAAAAAACAAAAAUGAAAUCUGAUCUCGUGUUCAAGUCACAUUUGAACCGAUCAAUACUGAACAUUUCAAAGCAUAUUCGACGAAUUUAUCAUUUGAUUUGCAGCGACUUGAAUUUUUCUCUCAACACAGGCGGCGCAUUUGCAUAACUGCAGGCGCAUUUCGCCGACACACUUUAUUUUUCGUUAUUAGAUUGUUGAUGUAAAUUUGGUUUGGAAUUUAAAUUGGAUCUACCGUUUUUUUUAUUUUAUCGGUAUUUUUUUAUUAAUUUGUUGACUGAUUUGACACAGUUGUAAAGAGAAAAAAAGAAUUGUUUUACCAUAAAUUUACGUUAAAAUUAGUAUUGUUAAGCUUAAAAUGCUAUAGAUUUGGGAAUCUCUUAAUGUUGGACAAGCCGUUAUCGCUAACAAAAAAAACUAACAAAUCAAACCAAACAACAAUAACCAGAAAAUAAGAAAACUUAAACAAACAAAAAAAAUGGCACAGGCCAAUAUAUUAUGUGCCGAUUUAUGUGGUGUUUAUGCACACUUACUUUUGAACAGCAACAACAACAACAAAUUUAAAGCAAUCCAAUGAAUAUGUUUUAAAACUUAUCGAUAGAUCAGACCAAGUGUUGUAGUCUCAAUGCAAAGCAGAAACAGAACAAAUACAUGUUUGUUGCAUUUUGAGUCUAUCGCAUAGUCGAAUAUUUACAACGCAAAUGAAAAUGCUUAAUAAAAUAAAUCAUAGAUAAAUCUAAUAUAUAUUUGUAAAAAUUAAAGUGAAAAUAUUAACAACAAAAAAGUGCAAUAAAAUUGUAGAAGCUUAGGUUAUUCGGAGUGCGACAAACAAACAAACAAACAAAAAAUUUGACGAAUGUUUAUGGAUACCGAAAACCGAAUGGACACACAAAUUAGUAUGAAUUAUUUAUGUGGUUGUGCUUUCAAAUCCGCAAAAUGAAACAAAAAGUCAAAAUAAAUGUUUAUUGUUUACACACAAACACAUACACACACACACACAAAAAUUGAUUUAGAUUGGCUAGAAUAUGAAUAGAAACAGAUGAAUUUAUUUUCAUGAUAUACAUCAAACAUAUAUAUAUUUUUUUUCUCGUCUCCAGUAUGUCGAUUAAACGACAACCAAAAGUAAAACAACAAAAAAAUGAAAGAAAAAAAAAAUCCAAAGAAGAACAUAUAGUAUUAAACAACAACAACAACAACACUAAUUCCAAAACUUAGUCUGAAUUUUUGCAAACGUGUUCAACGCGUUUACACGAAACGGUACAAUAACGAAAGAGAAUGUGAACGAGAUAUGGGUAUAGUUGAAGAAAGUUGAACUAGUAUAGAGAUAUUUUAUUUUGUUCGUUCAUUUAUUUGGUUCUCCCUUUUGUUCGUCUUUAAUUUGUUAGAAACAUAAACAAAAAUCCAUUCAUUUUCACAGUUGCGUUCUUAAUUUUACAUUCGUUUUGUUUUUCGUUUCAUUUCCAAUGUGAAAGAGGAUUGUAGUCCAAAUAAAUAUAUAUGUAAUUGUUGUUCAAAAAGUAACAAAAAAAAAAAUUAUCUGUACAUUAACUGUGUUAACAUUAUUUCAAAAAUUAAAUAUACGAACAAAAUAUGUUCAAUUUCUGUCUUAGAAAUCAAUAAAAAGAA